AACGCUUACGACAUUGGACUUUGGAAUUCAACGUAGAGCGGUAGUACAUUAUAUACAAAAAGUACCUGCAAAAAGUUAUCAGAAUUCAGAAAAACAUCCAUCUCUAAUAUGCAAACAUCAUGAAGCAAGUUAUAAUCACACUUCUAACGCUGAUCGCAUCAACCACUGUCUUCUGCUACUGUCCGAUAGAUAAGAUAUAUGGAAUCGAAAAAUGUUCCUAUCGAAUUGAAUGUAUUGAAACAGUAAAGGACAUAAAACUCAAAGAUGAAUGUACAGGCGCCGCCAACUUUGACAUUAAGAUUGAUGUUACUCUCCGAAAUGCCACCGAUAGCUUUCAUCUCAAGGCAGACACUGAUUUUCUUUCAAUGAUUACAACCCUCAGAAUGUUUGGUAAUUGGCCACGAACCGAUUUACCAUUUUUAGACAGCAUGCCUCGUCUCAGAACUGUAUAUCUGAGCUAUAGUAACAUGCAAAAGAUAAAUGAUAGCCCAUUUCGAAACCUUAUCAAUUUAGAAAGUAUUGAUUUAUCUCACAAUCAAUUAUCUGAAAUCGAGGAACUCUUCCAGUUUGACAUACGUCCAUUUAAAAUGCGCAAACUAUCACUGGCUUUUAAUUUGAUAGAAGAAGUUCCCGGCUAUACAUUUGAAGCGCUUACAAGUCUACAAGAAUUAGAUCUGUCUCAUAAUUUAAUUAGGGAAUUGAAUGAGGAACCGUUCUGUAAUCUAACCAAUCUAGUAAGUCUGAGACUGAACAACAACAACAUUGUAUAUCUUAACGGUGCUAUGAACAACUUAACAAAUUUGCUACAUUUGUACUUAAGGUAUAAUCAGAUCCAAGAUAUUGAUAUGGACUCUUUGAAAACAAUUAACCAUUUACAGACAUUCGAUAUUUCUAAUAACAAAAUAAAAAUAUUACAACCUAUCAUGUUAUCGAGGCAUUGGGAUCACUUCAACAAUCAAUCAAUUUGCAGAAUUAUUUUAUCAGAUAAUGAAAUUCAUGUGCUACAUAACGCAACAGAUUUUCAUGAUAGAUUCAAAAAAAAAUUAUUAAAAAAUGAAGUCCAAUUGAUAACUCAACUAGACAUAUCGAAGAACUCCAUAAGUCACAUCGAUUACAGCGCCUUUCAUUCAAUUGGUCGUCUUGAUUCAUUGGAUUUAUCAAAUAACAAACUAUUGAGCUUCAAUGUAAACUCAGAGGAUCUCAUGUACGUUAGAUACUUAAAUUUAAGUUGCAAUUCAUUAAGUAUUUUGUACUAUGAAAGUUUUUCAUUAAUGCAUAAUUUGCAAAACUUGGAUUUAUCGCAUAAUUCAAUGGAUUACUUCCCGGAUCAGUCACUGUCAAACAGUUAUAAAUUAAAAAAUGUCAAUGUGACUUAUAAUUAUAUCGAAGAAAUCCACAACCUGAGGAUAACUUUUCACCCUGAAGGUGGUGUCUUGGAUCUUUCUAACAAUGGCUUAUCAGCAUUAAAUAUACCUGUAGAUGAGGCGUUCGGAUUAUCAGAUCUUAUUCUUAGCUCUAAUAACAUAACGGAUGCAUAUUUGAUAAGAUUAAUAGACCAACGUGAUCUCGUGAGAUUAGAUAUGAGUAAAAACUUUAUUCAGGAGUUAGAUGAAUCGUCUUUACAAUUAACUAAUACGAUAAUAUAUUUGGAUUUAAGUUUUAAUGACAUCCAAGUGAUUGGCCCAUCUGCAUUUCACCGCGUAAAUAACUUGAAAACGUUAAGAUUAUCUCAUAAUCGAAUAAAAACUGUUGAGUAUGGUGUUUUCCGAGGAUUAACAGAGCUAUUGAACCUGGAUCUAUCCUAUAAUCAAAUCGAAAUGUUAGAUUCAAAGGUUUUUAUGGAUUUAAAGUUUCUAAGUGUGCUGUCUUUGCGGCACAAUGGUUUAAAUUUCAUUGAUCGUGACAGCUGGCUAACACAUAAACACGAUAUAAAAGUUUUUUUGGAUGGCAAUCAACUUUCUUGCGAUUGGCUUGCGAAAGCAUUACUUGACUACAACAACGGCUAUUCAAAGAUGUACCCAACUGUUUUAGUCUCAACUGUUAGUGGACAUUCGAUAGAAGGGAUUCCGUGUGUACAAGAUGUAGGAUUUCUAACCAAUCCUCAAUCAAAAUACAUGAUAGAUGAAAGACUUUUGAUUACCACUCAGAAGAUUCUGAAAGCUGUUCAGGAUCAAACUUCUUUUUUGAGUAAGUUCAUAUUGCGUUCAUAUCGCCAGGAAGCGGAAAGUCGCCAAAAUAGAGCGUUUUAAAUAAAAUCUUAAAUUUAUGUAUACUUUAUUUUAUAGUUAAUAAUUACACCAAGUGAAUUGUUCCAUGAAUAUUCUAUCAUGUUUAUUUUAAUUAUUUUCUUUUUAUUUGUUACAUUUUUUAUAAAUCAUCAACUUCUUUAUUAUUAUAGUGUAAAAUAUUGUCUUUAUUGUACUUUUUUAAAUAAAAGUAUUACAUAUUA